AUGACGAAGCUACAAGCAUUUGAAGUUGGUUACAAUUCAUUAACUGGUGUCCUAUCUGAAGACCAUUUUGCAAAACUCCGAGAGCUAGAGUCACUGGACCUAGCCGGAAACUCACUCGCUCUGAACGUGAGCUCCUCGUGGGUUCCUCCAUUUCAACUCCAUGAAAUUCGGAUGCAAUCCAUCAUGGUGGGACCCAGGUUUCCAGCUUGGCUUCGGCUGCAGAAGGAGCUUGAGGUGUUAGACUUGCAGAACGCGAGCAUUUCAGAUGCCAUACCCAGCUGGUUUCGAGUGCUUUGUUAUAAUAUUCCGAUUUUAGAACUCUCCAGCAACAGCCUAACUGGAAAUCCUUUGGAGUUCAAACAGUUGAAGCAUAGUCAAAUAGCUUCCGUUGACUAUUUAUUACGUUAUCGAUAUAUAUCUCUAAGCUCCAACAAAUUGGACGGAUCUCUGAAACCGUUUCCGUUGGAUAUUUCAGUUUUAGAUCUUUCACACAAUUUUCUUACUGGACAUAUUCCGCAGCUUGAAGUUGGUCAAACUUCGGUUGUACGGUCUCUCUUCCUAAACGAUAACCGUUUCACAGGUACUAUCCCUGAAGACUUGUGCAAGAUGGAAUAUUUAUCAGAAUUGGAUCUAUCCAACAAUCUUCUGUCCGAAAGAGUUCCUCUGUGUCUAGGAAACUUGCGAGACCUGGAGUUCCUAAACUUGGCAAAUAACAGUUUAUCCGGUCAAAUUCCGAGUUCACUGGGUAACUUGUGGGGACUUUCUAAGCUACUUUUGAAUGGAAACAAAUUGGUUGGGAAGCUCCCUGCCUCAAUGCAGCAUCUGAGAAAUUUGAAAAUUCUUGAUCUCGGAGACAAUGAACUGAAGGAUAUUAUACCAGCUUGGAUUGGGGAAAGGUUAUCAAAUUUAAUGUGUCUAAGAUUUCAGUCAAAUAACUUCCAUGGACCUAUUUCUGAUACACUCUGCCAACUCUCACAACUUCAACUGCUAAACUUAGCACAUAAUAACUUGAGUGGAUUUAUUCCUCACUGCUUUAACAACAUUAGUGCCAUGGUACUAGGGAUAGAUGGAGGUUACAAAAUUUUUUCAGACGAAAUCUUUCAAGACAUUAAGGGAGGAAGAGAAGUUGAGUAUUCACCAGAAAGGCUUCGGUUUGUUAAAUCCGUAAGCCUCUCAGCAAAUAAUUUAGUUGGUGAGAUCCCUGAUGAGAUAAUGGAGCUGGUUCAAUUGCAAGUUUUGAAUCUUUCACAAAAUCAUUUGACUGGAAGGAUCCCCGAGAAGAUUGGCAACUUGAAGCAACUUGAAACACUUGAUCUAUCAAUGAAUGCACUCUUCGGUGCAAUCCCCGAAAGCUUAUCUGAUUUGUACUCAUUGAACUCUCUGAAUUUGUCACACAAUAAACUUUCAGGGCCAAUACCAUCAGGAAAUCAACUUCAGACCUUGACCGAUCCAUCCAUCUAUGAAGGAAACAGUGGACUUUGUGGCAAACCGCUCCCAAACAACUGCUGGGAACACAAAUCGCCUACCAAAAAUGGGCCCAUUCAUGAUGAUAAAGGCCACAGCGAGUUUGAUUGGUCUUGGUUUUAUGCUGGAAUAGGACCGGGUUUUGCUGCCGGGCUGUCGGGAGUUUUGGGAAUCCUUCUCUUCAAGAAGUCAUGGCGCUAUGCAUACUUCAAGUUUAUAGAAAGUGCCUGUGACAAAAUAUGGGUAAAGACUACUCGCCUGAGGAGGAAUUUCCGUUGAGCCCACAAUCAUUCAAGUGCUUGCUGCAGCUGUUGUUUGGCUCUCAGAAUGACCAAUUUCUUCUAUGUGAUUUGAGAAGCAGUUGUAGUUUCACUGUAUUUUGUAUGAUUAUAUUUUGAGUGCUUGCUGUUUUUCAGUUUUGAUUGGCAUCCGCUGAUAUAAUAUGAAAAUUAGACCUCCUUUUAUUUGCUAUGGAUUGUAUGCCUAAAAAAUUUUAGUAUUUUGUUUUGCCUGACAAGAGACUUCCAUAAACAAAAAAACUUAUGCAGAAUAAUUGCUUGACUCCAUUUAUGCUUAUGAUAAGGUACUUGCUAUGA